AGAAAAUAACAAAAAGAAGCUUCCAGCCCGACAGAGACAGCUCUAGCCCAAAAGAAAGACUUUCUUUACUCCCUCCCUCUCUGUUUGAUAAUGGAAUUAGUGUUUAAACAAGAAUGCAAAAACCCAGUCCAGUUUCUCCUCCAGACGUAAAGAAUAAGACGUCGCAGAACCAAAAGCGUCGUACACGUAGACGACAGCGUCACAAGAAGAAACAGCAACAAGAAGUAGACGUAGUAUUUAAUCAGCCAAAAAACUUUGAUUUGAAUGAUUUGAUUAGCGAGGCCUCGGCUCUCGAACGACAACUCGGAGAACUUCAGUCACAGUUGAAAGCCAACCAUGCAAACAUGCCCAGCAAGGAACAAGGUCGACGGGCCAAUGCCAUCGCUACAGAACAAAUUGUUGCCACAGAAGAUGAAAUUGAAUAUGUUCGCAAAAGUUUGAAAAUCAUUUACCGCCAAAUUCUCACAGAUGACUUAUCGUAUGCUGCGACACAUCAUAUCGAAGACAAGUUGUGGCGGUACAUCUGCUAUGCAACCAUCGAACAAGUCCGGAGCAAGUUACGCAAGCUGCAUCCAGACGAAGAUGAAGCUAUUCGGCAACGACUCCAGAAACAGUUGCUGAAACACAUAGACAGCAGUUUCAAAUUCUAUCGUGAGCUUAACAACCGCAUCAAAAGUGACCACCUUAUCGAUACAAAGACCAUCGGUAUAGAUUUAUUCCGACACGGUACUGCCACAUUAACAGGCGAUGAACAAGUCGCAGUCAUAUUACAAUCCAACUACAUUUGCAUGGGCGACAUUGCACGCUAUCGCGCAUCGACGGGUACCAUCCACAACAACAAGGCCCACGGCGAGAACUGGAGACUUGCGAAAAGCUGCUAUCAAAAGGCAAUUGACGUGUAUCGAUUCAGUGGAAAGCCUUACUCGCAACUUGCUCUUGUGUCGCUAUCAAGUGGAAGUGCUGUAGAUGUCGUGUGGUAUUAUUGCAUGAGUCUGGCCAUGAAACAGCCCUCCAGCGUCGGCCGAGACAAUUUGAAGGCUUUUUACUCCAAAAUCCGGUUUUCUUCUCCAGAUAACAGCAAAGCUCAUAGCAAUGAGAGCAGCAGUACCAAGAUGAUUUCUCAAUUUGUUGAGUCGUUUCUUCAAAUUCACAAGCAAGCCAUGUUUGGCGAUCCUCAUAGUAUUGCAUCCACUCCGGAUACGCUGCAGACGGUGGUCGCGCGUAUAGUUUCGUCCGUGGCCAACCAGGAUGAGAUCAACAAGCCUGAAACCUCCACAGUACACGUUCUUAAGAGCAUGUUGUCGCGCACAGUUGUCAUUCUGAUUAUUACCAUUUGGGACAUCGGAGAACGUAUGAAAAACAAAGGAAAUCUACCGCAGUGGACACAGCUACAAUCGUCGCACGUACGCCUACUGACUCUGGGCUUUACACUACUCUCCGGACUAGUCAAAGCGACUACACAAGAAGAGAAAGGAUGGGCAGAUGCCAAAGAAAAGAUGACUGAUACCAAGUACGAACAGCUCAGCGCCAUGAUCGAAAACGCAGUCCUAUCCGCAUUAUCCAUCUGGUGUACCUUUCUUGCCAACAAUCUGCCCGUGAUUGCCCAAUACUGCACACCAUCGUCAUCGGCUGGUGCAGUGGAUGGACGGCGUGACAAUGAAAAAAAAGAGCUGGUGAAAAUGGUCCAGUCGUUCUUGUCUGCUCUUAUCAACCAUCCCAUGUUUCCAGAUCCUGUGGUGAAUGUGUUGCCCAUCAGUUAUCCAGUAUCAGAGGAUGUCAUGUUGCUCGGCAUGGUGCCUUUGUUGCGAUUUCAUGCCACGGUGGAUUUCUUUAAAGAAAACGCGUAUGAAGCUGAAAACGAAUCCAAGAUUGAUGCGCGACGACAAAUUCGAUGGGGUCGCGUACGGGAACUUGUUAAAAAGAUUGCCGAAUCAAGUGCAUUUGAUUUUGUUCAAUACAAUAAGAAUGAGCAAAAGUACAGUGUUGUUGACGAAAAUGCUAAGCGACAACAACAAAGUCGAUUCAUGAAAGCUUUGGCCACCCAACGACUUAUUGAUCAAGUCUCCUCACUUGAGAAAAAUGUCAGUCGCAUGAAUCUGGCUCCACCGCCACCAGACAAGGUGGAGAUAUACACAGUCGUGGUGGAUGUCACUGCGUUCCUCGAUGGUCUCAACAAGAUCAAGAAAUGGGCCAACCAAACUCUGAAUCCAAACAAUCGUGCGCAGGACAGUGUACUAGAAGUUCUUGUUCCCUUGGAAAGUAAGUUUGAACAAAGAUAAACAUCCACUAGUGAAGUAACAAGGUGUCAUUACUUAUAUGUACUAUUAGCAAUCGAUUCUCUCGAUGUCCACAAAAAGGGCUCAUCACAUAUGAACAUGCAAGCACGCGAAUCG